CACCAACACCUUGAAGCAUUGAUAAUAGCAUUAUAGAAAAAGAAAAGUAUAGUAACAGAUCGAUGAACACGUAAAAUUAUAAAAAAGAAAAUUAUUAUAUUCAGCUUAUUUUGAUAUUAAGUAACGAGCAAAGUGCAUUGGUUCUAUAUCAGUGUGAGUUACCGUUAAAGAGAAGCACGUCUCGAUUGUUCUGGCUCGGCGUGAAGCAGUGGUGUUGGUGGCACUUCGCACGGCACAACCAGAAGAUUCAUACAACUCCUGGACUGCCUUAUCGUCCCACGCUCUCUGAUAGCAGGCGAGGAUGUCCGGUGCAGCGGCGACAGCACCGGCAGGCAGGGAGCACCGACCCCGCCACCCGGCACGCCGCGCUGCCUCCGCGGUGAGCAGGCUGCCCCGCGAUUCUCCCGUGGUGGUGACCAGUUACAUGAAGACCAAUGCCGACCUUCCGCCCCUGCCUAACCCUUCCAACCUACCUAGGACGCAGAGUGCCCCGCGCUGCGGUGGCAGAAUGAGGGAGCCUCGCCAGCAAGGUUACGCCACGCCCUCCACUUCGGGAGUGUCCUCAGCCUCCUCGUCUCCUGCCAGUAGAAAUUCGUCACCUCGAGCCAGCAGCUCCUCGGAGGGCCUCCCCACGUCAUCGGCGGCUUCGUCGCCCUCUGCAUCCCCAGACACGAGGACGAUAGUCGAAGAUGAGGUGACGUGCGCCAUCUGCCUCGACCUGAUGCACAGGCCGCGUCGCCUCCCUUGCGGCCACACCUUCUGUCUGUUGUGCCUCCAGAACUACGCCAACUCUUGCAGGACGACGUUCACUUGCCCGACGUGCCGCGGCGACGCCCAGGUGCCACCAGGGGGCGUGGUGGCACUCCCGUCAAACACCCGUCUGAGGCGCGGUGCUGAAAUACUGCGGCGAAGGCGUGAGACAGAUCCAGCCUGCCACACCUGCACUUCCUGCGGCACCACCGAGGGCGUGAUGGCCUGCGGACACUGCCAGGACGCGUGGUGCGAGGCGUGUGGGGCGACACACCUGCGGCAGGUACAGACCGAUAUUGUGGAACUGAAGGCGAGACUGUCAAGCCUCCGCGACACUCUGGACUGCCGCACUGAGGAGGAGGAGGCGCGGCUCACCAAACUGGAGGAGACAAUUCGAGAGACAGUGGAGGAGCGGGUGGAGCGGCUGCUGGAGGAGGGAACAGCCCUUACAGCCCAGGUUCAGGAGAUGAGGAAGGAGAGGCAGCAGAAGGCACUCAAUCUCAACCAGGAGUUAGAGCAAGUCCUCACACAUGACCACCCUCACUCCACACAGCUUCAGGAGGCGGGGGACUUUCAUGCCACGCUGAUGAAGCUCCUGAAGCAGACCUCCACCGCCAAGGGUCCACGCGUCACUCUGGACUCCGCCUCCCUCACCCUCAGCACCUCCACCUCUAAUGCCGAGACCGAGGAGCACUCGCAGGAGGCCCGGGAGGAGGAAGAGGACGAGAGACACCUGCAGCCCCAAGACCAUAACCUCAUGUACAGGAGGAAGGGGUCGCUGGCCAGGCUGAGGUGGAGCAGGCACAUCAAGGAGCGGCCAGCAGGGAUCGGCAUCAGCCCCUGGACAUCAGACAUCUUUGUGACCGGGAGUGACACGUGCAGAGUGCAAGUGUUUGACCCCAGCGGGCGCCAGGUCAACAGCUUCGGAUCGCGCGGCCACGGUGACGGGGAGUUCUUGUGCCCUAUAGGAGUGGCCUUCAGCUUGGUGUCCCAGGAGGUGUUCAUUACAGAUAAAUGGAAACACUGCAUCCACGUCUUUGACACGGAGGGAAACUUCAUCCGUCAGCUGGGCAGAAAGGGCAAGGGCUUCGGUCACUUCUCGGCCCCUGAAGGCAUCGCCACAGACCGCCACGGCAACAUCUACGUGGCGGACACCUGCAAUCACCGCGUGCAGGUGCUGGACAGUGAUGGCGUGUUCUUGAGGGAGCUCGGUGUGGUGUCCUCAGAGACAUUACAGGACGGGAGGCGCUACACCAAGACGGAGUUCAAUGAGCCUACCGGGGUCGCGGUUUCCCAAGACGGCUCCCGAGUGUACGUGGCUGACGCGGGGAACCACAGGAUUAAGGUGUUUGACGGGAGCAGCGGUGAGCGGGUGCUGAUGUUCGGGACACGGGGGCGUAACAAGGGACAGUUCGAGACCCCAGAAUGCCUGGCGGUGGACCCUGAGGGCUUCAUGCUGGUGGGGGACUCCGGCAAUGGGCGCGUCCAGGUGUUCCGACCUGAUGGCACUUUCAUCAGGUACCUUGGGACACGAGUCAACACGCGUGGGGAAUUCGGCUGGGUGUCUGGCGUGGCCCUCUCUCGCUCCCUCGACGUGGUCGUCACUGACUUUAAAAAUAACCUCGUCGCUGUAUUUUAGUUAAAGCAUGCCUUAAGGUUUUCUUGUAUUUCUCAUACUUACUCUUCCUCAUUAUAAUCUAUAUAUUUUUUUCUUUCCUCUAAACUCUUCCUCCUGCUGUUUUGGUAUGCUCUUAUUUCUCGUCGUAGUUUGCCUCCUCCUCCUCCUCCCGGUUAUGAUUAUAAUAUACUCUUUUUUGCUUGAACUGUGCGUGGAUAGAGGAGGAGAAUGUAGGGGGUUGAUAAACAUCCUCUCCCGUACAAGCUUUACAUGUCUACAGACAGGGCCGGUGUGUUGUGAUUGCAGUAUCCGACAUCAGGUUGUCAGGCUCUAGACUUCGCCUGCUUCCAAACUUCACUCGUUAUAUCUCACAGCCUUUGACAAGACCAGAUGAUCCGGGCGUCUUGUUGGUCGUAUUCUGCGUCGUCCUUGUAAAAGAAACGCAGAGAAAAGUGGAGGGAGACAAGGAAGAGAAAAAUUGCAUUGUUUUAAAAACAAAGCCAAUAACUGUGUAUGCAGACAAGAAAAUUUGUAACUGGAAACUUAAGUUGUGGAGCUCAAACUGCUGUUCUUGUAAAUAGACACUAUAUAUAAUAUAUUACUUUAUUACUAGAGUAGGCUGUGUUAUUCGUCUAAGCCUUACUUAUUAAUGUUAUUCCGUAAUACAGUAUCCUUGGUUUCGUUAUUAUGGUGAUCUUCCUGUGAUAUCGCCGCCAUUUUGUUGACAUUUGUAAAUAAAGUUAACGACUU